CGUUAACCUGAGAAGGAACCAAGUCGUGCUAAUAAAUGUGUAAAUUAAAAUACAUUCCAAUCUUACCAAAGGACAUUUUGGAUUGAGUCGUUAACAUCCUGAUUAUUCAUGUCCUCCUUUCAAUGGGAAAAACAAAUGAUUAAAGCCAAGACCAACAGGUAGCAAGCAAGAUAAUGGGCAGGUAAUGUGACAACCCACCGAUGGUAGAGCAGUUUUCCCGAAGGAUCUGGGAAAGUCUUGGCCUGUCUACAUUACCUGUUUACUUCAUUGGCUUGGCCAGCGUUAGUUGUGUUCUGUGCUUCCUACGUGCAAGAGGUCAGCAAAAAUGCUGGCUGUUUUGAUUUGCACUAUCUUGGCGAUUUCACUGAGUGCUGUGGCCACGUCCUACAUAUGCAUUCUAUAUGGAGUCAAACGCCGCGUUAUUCAGCCCGUUAAAACAAAGAAAUCCACUGAAAUCAAUCACUUAGCUUAUCAGAAAUAUAAUCAGGCUCCUGGCCCGCGACCAUGGCCCAUUAUUGGGAAUCUGCAUCUGCUGGAUCGUUAUAGAGACAGUCCCUUUGGGGGAUUUACGGCGCUGUCCCAAGAAUACGGAGACAUCUACUCCCUGACUUUUGGCCACACCCGCUGUUUGGUGGUGAACAACUUGGAGCUGAUCCGCGAGGUGCUGAACCAGAAUGGCAAGCUGAUGAGCGGACGGCCGGACUUCAUACGAUAUCAUAAAUUAUUUGGAGGCGAGCGGAGCAAUUCGCUGGCACUCUGCGAUUGGUCACAGCUGCAGCAGAAGAGAAGGAAUCUCGCCAGGCGUCACUGCUCGCCCAGGGAGUCCUCCUCCUACUACAUGAAAAUGUCCCAAAUUGGCUGCGAGGAAAUGGAGCACUGGAAUCGGGAGCUGAGAAACCAACUGGUGCCUGGAGAGCCCAUCAACAUAAAGCCACUGAUUCUCAAGGCCUGUGGAAAUAUGUUUAGUCAGUACAUGUGUUCCCUGAGAUUCGACUACGAUGAUGUGGAUUUCCAACGGAUUGUUCAGUACUUUGAUGAGAUAUUCUGGGAGAUCAAUCAGGGCCAUCCGCUGGAUUUUCUACCCUGGCUAUAUCCAUUCUACCAGCGACACCUGAACAAGAUCAUCAACUGGUCCUCGACCAUCAGGGGCUUCAUAAUGGACAGGAUUAUCCGGCAUCGGGAGCUGAACGUCGAUUUGGAUGAGCCAGAUCGGGAUUUCACGGAUGCACUACUUAAAAGCCUGAUUGAGGAUAAAGAUGUCUCCCGGAACACGAUCAUCUUUAUGCUGGAGGAUUUCAUUGGCGGACACUCAGCGGUUGGAAAUCUGGUGAUGCUGGUGCUGGCCUAUAUAGCCAAGAAUCUGGAUAUUGGUCGGAGAAUCCAGGAGGAGAUAGACGCAAUUACAUCAGAGGAAAAGAGGCCAAUCAACUUACUGGACAUGAGUGCUAUGCCGUACACGAUGGCGACGAUUUUUGAGGUGCUGCGUUAUUCAUCCUCUCCAAUUGUUCCCCAUGUGGCCACUGAGGAUACAGUGAUCUCUGGCUACGGAGUGACCAAGGGCACCAUUGUGUUCAUCAACAACUAUGUGCUUAACUCCAGCGAGAAAUACUGGCUAAACCCAACAGAAUUUAAUCCAUCAAGAUUUUUGGAAACACCAAAGGAACCAAAUCCGAAAAGUUUAAUAGCUUCUGAUUCCGGCAUUGAAAGUGAUAAUGAAAAACUGCAACUAAAAAAGAAUAUUCCGCAUUUUCUGCCCUUCAGCAUCGGAAAGCGGACUUGCAUUGGCCAGAAUUUGGUGAGGGGCUUUGGUUUCCUGGUCCUGGUUAACGUCAUGCAGAGAUAUGAUAUCAGCAGUCAUGAUCUAUCGACGAUUAAGAUCAGUCCGGAGAGUUUGGCACUGCCUGCCGAUUGCUUUCCACUGGUCUUGACACCCAGGAAAUAGAACGGACUGUAUACUAUACUAUUAAAAAUAAUAAAUGGCCAAUACAUUUGAUUAUUAGACAAAUCUCAUUAAGCACUAGCCACUUAAGUAUAUAACAGAAAUAACUCAGUAUAUAUAAUCGCUUCAGAAUAAGAUUAUUGCAUAAUCUUUCACUAAACAUAACGAAUGAGCUCAAUCAAAUAGUAAAACUAUUUUACUGCUGAGUAUAUUUUCAAUUAUUCCACUAACGCAAAUAUAAAAUUUGUAUUUCAUAUCUAUAUUUUGUACGAUACCAUACACGCAAAGUCUUAUAGUUGCUCACCACACUAUAAAAAUUUCACAUACAUUCGAUUCUUGAGGAUCUUAAUGUUAGAUUAAUUCGUUAAGAAUUUCGUUAUAAUAAAUGACUCAAUUAUGUUUAAACUGUACGCCAAA